AUGGAACAAACAGAACAAUACCACCACUACAUUCCGAGAUUCCUUCUACGUAACUUUGCUAUUGACAAUUAUGAGAGGAUAUUUGAGAGCAACAUAAACCAGCAGAAAAAGAAAAGUCAGAGGAAAGUCGAGCUUAUCCAAACUUACGUUAGAGAGGAAGAUCAACUGCGCGUCUCUUUUAUUAGUAAAACCUAUGGAAGAACAAAUAUGUACAAAGAUAUCAAUAAUGAAGACGCGAUGCACGUAGAAGCAAAACUAUCUAAACUCGAAAGAAGUGUAUCAGAGACGAUUCGAAAUAUUGUGAAAACAUCUCAAAUGGAAAAUCAGGUCGUUUUGCUUAGGAAAGAUCUCGAAGAUUUACGCAAGUUCAUCUUCAUUAUGAACUAUCGAAACAGUCAGCGAUAUUUUCAGUAUGCUAACGAUAAAUUUGAUAUCCCCACAAAGUUGAUGGUAACAACUUUUAUGCAGCAGCACAAUUUACAAAGACCUGCAGAAGCUGGUGAAAAUGACGAGUUUAUAAUAACCAGCAACGGAUUUGGAAUCUUCGAAGGAGUAAAUGGGAUGGUUUUUGGGAAAUUCCCAUUUCAAUAUGCUUACCAUUCGUUUUACGUCAUUUCUCCAAAAUUGGUGUUGGUCCUCUGCCCUUCUGGGUUUCGAAAAGAAGUUGGAACAGACCAUUUAUAUAACCAUUUUGGUCAUCGCUCGAUUUUUGAUAACGUUCCUCAUCCAUCAGCAACUCCGAAAUAUGUUGGCACUGGCAAUAAACCAUAUAAUGAACAUAACCGACCGAAAUACAACGGAUCUGACCUAUUUGAAUUGCGAGCUCACUUAUUUAAAAUGAACCUAAAUAGCAUGGGUAUCGAAAUGCAGCCGAACGACACAUUUACCUUUCCCUUUGUCAAAAUCAAUUCGGUCACCGUUCACCUCAUAAACUCUGUCUUGCUCAAUGAGGUUAAUUCCGACUUAGUUUUGACUUUCCUUUCUUGUUCGUACCUCUAUAAAACAAUUGUCAAAUACCAUAAAAACAAGAUUGUUGGUGUACAACAUGAUUUUUCGAAUUUGAAAAAGAAGUUGUUCACGGAAUUGAACAGAACUCACAAGGAUGACUUGCAUCUUCGGAAAAACAUUGCGGUCGACUGGAUAUAUAGUUGGAAUGUACGAGAGAUGAAUAAGAAUCCUGAUUAA